UCCGCGAGCCGGAGCGCCAGCCCGAGCCCGCGCCCCGCGCGCCUAAGAGCGGGCGCUCUCCCGGCGCAGCCCCGGAGCCCCGAGUCCCCGCGGCCCCGCAGCCCCCGGAGCUGGGACAACUGUUGCGGCGGCGGCUGGGGCACCGCGGGGGCGUGAGCGGCCCCGCGCCCUGGUAGGCGGCUCAGCCCCGCGGGCGCCGGCUCCCGGCGGCGGAGCAAGGAGCGAGCGGGCGGCGGGCACAAGGCAGCGCUCGACGAAUCGAUGCAAGCCAAAUGAUGACCAGUUGUGGCCAGCAGCCCUUGAACGUGCUCGCCGUCCUCUCGUUGCUGAUUUCCGCAGUCUUGUCCGCGCAUUUCCGUGUCUGUGAGCCAUACACGGACCACAAAGGCCGCUAUCACUUUGGCUUCCACUGCCCCCGGCUCUCGGACAACAAAACCUUGAUCCUCUGCUGUCACCAUAACAACACGGUUUUCAAAUACUGCUGCAAUGAGACAGAGUUCCAGGCGGUGAUGCAGGCAAACCUCACGGCCGGCUCCGAGGGCUACAUGCACAACAACUACACCGCCUUGUUGGGAGUGUGGAUCUACGGCUUCUUCGUGUUGAUGCUACUCGUCCUGGAUCUUUUGUAUUACUCGGCAAUGAACUACGACAUUUGCAAGGUUUACCUGGCACGGUGGGGCAUCCAUGGACGGUGGAUGAAACAGGACCCCAGGCGGUGGGGGAACCCUGCCCGGGCACCCCGGCCAGGGCAGCCGGCCCUGCAGUCCCAGCCUCCCCCGGGUCCCCUGCCUCAAGCCCCCCAGGCCGUCCACACGCUGCAGAGAGACAGCCACAGCCCACCGCUGAUGAGCUUCCAGGGUUCGUCUGCCUGAAAACCCUUUUGCCGUGCCUCAGGAUGGGGGAGGUGAGACCCAAAGCACCUGGCUCAGCCUCCGAGAAGUACCACUUCAAGACGCCGGGGAGAGCCAAGAUGGCCGCGGUGGUGGCAGAGGAGAAAACGCCGCCUGUGCCCGAAG